CAUUGGCAUUGGCUGAUGCCGCCCCCGAGCCGAGACCAACCUCCACCAGACGCGAACGCCGCCGGCGCGGACCGUCGGAUCACAGUCACCACCACGGAAGCAAACAAGAAGCCCAAAGCGUCGGUCAACACGACCCCGCGUAUAUAUCCCACUCCCCCACUUCUUCUGAGCAAAACCCAAACCCAGACCCAAACCCCGUCUCCGCGCGCCACAUCGCUCGCCGAUCGCCGCUUCCAACUCUCUCUCUCUACAUUUCGUCUCGCCGCGUACGGCCUGAGCGCCACGCCAAGCCAGCCCGCCGCACUCAUGUACCAGCCCCCGCUGAAUCUCGCCUGCACCCCCCCGAUGGCGGCGGCGUCCCUCGCCCGCGCGGCCGCGCGCUUCGCCGGCGAGCCCUCCCGGGCGCCGGCGGGGUCGACGCGGCCGCGGCCCUGGAGGGUCGGGACGCGCGCCCCUGAGUCGCGGCGCCGGCGUGCAACGGGCGUGCGGUGCUGCGGUGGAGCGGGGUUAUUCGGCGAUGGGGCUCUAGGUCGUGGGGAGGCGGAGGCGGACGAAGGGGGCAGGUUCGUCGGGUGGUUCCGGGAGGCCUGGCCGUACAUCCGGGGCCACCGGGGGAGCACCUUCGUCGUCGUCAUCUCCGGGGAGGUCGUCGCCGGGCCCCACCUCGACGGCAUUCUGCAGGAUAUAUCGCUUCUACAUGGUCUUGGGAUCAAAUUUGUUCUUGUUCCUGGAACGCAUGUUCAGAUUGAUAAGCUCUUGGCUGAUAGAGGAAAGAAGGCCAAUUAUGGUGGUCGUUACCGUAUUACAGAUUCUGAUUCAUUAGAUGCUGCGAUGGAGGCAGCUGGCAGAAUACGCCUUACUAUAGAAGCAAAGCUAUCUCCUGGUCCCCCAAUGUUAGAUCUUCGUCGACAUGGUGUUAAUGGUCGCUGGCACGAAAUCUCCGACAAUGUUGCAAGCGGAAACUUCCUGGGUGCUAAGAGACGAGGAGUUGUUGGUGGCAUUGACUAUGGAUUCACUGGUGAAGUUAAGAAAAUAGAUGUUUCACGGAUAAAAGAAAGACUUGAUAGGGAUAGCAUAGUUGUCGUGAGCAAUAUGGGAUACUCCAGUUCAGGAGAGGUGUUAAAUUGCAACACAUACGAAGUUGCGACAGCAUGUGCUUUGGCUAUCGAGGCGGACAAGCUUAUCUGUGUUGUCGAUGGCCAAAUAUAUGAUGAGCAUGGCCGAGUCAAUCGUUUCAUGUCUAUCGAGGAAGCAGAUAUGCUCAUCAGAACACGCGCUAAGCAGAGUGAAACUGCUGCAAAUUAUGUAAAGGUUGUAGGGGAGGAGGACAUUAGUUAUGCCCACAAUUUUCCUAUCAAAGAAGAGAAAGAACAAGUAUGGGUUGGAAGAGAUUUCGUCAGUGAUUACACUGCAUCCUUUCGGAAUGGUGUGGGUUUCAAUAAUGGAAAUGGUCUGUCUGGUGAGCAAGGGUUUGCUAUUGGUGGGGCAGAGCGGUUGAGCAGGUCAAAUGGCUACCUUUCAGAGUUGGCUGCAGCAGCAUACGUAUGCCAUGGCGGUGUCCAAAGAGUUCAUAUCAUAGAUGGCACUGUUGGGGGGUCAUUGUUGCUAGAAUUAUUCACAAGAGAUGGUGCAGGAACACUAAUAGCAAGAGAUAUGUAUGAAGGAACAAGAACAGCUAGAGAGGAAGAUUUUUCUGGUAUUAGAAAAAUCCUUCGCCCCCUAGAAGAAUCCGGUGUCCUAGUGCAGAGAACAGAUAAAGAGCUUUUGGAAGCACUGAAGUCAUUUAUUGUCGUGGAAAGAGAUGGUUCAAUCAUUGCGUGUGCUGCUCUCUUUCCCUUUUUUGAGGAUAAAUCUGGGGAAGUUGCUGCUAUAGCUGUAUCUGAAGAAUGUCGAGGACAGGGUCAAGGAGACAAGUUACUUGAUUAUGUUGAAAAGAAGGCAUUAUCCCUUGGUCUUGAGAAAAUAUUCUUGCUUACCACACGGACAGCAGACUGGUUUGUCCGGCGUGGCUUCAAGGAAUGCUCAGUGGAAUCCAUCCCAGUGAAGAGGCGAAAACGAAUAAAUCUCUCACGCGGAUCAAAAUAUUACAUCAAACGGCUCCAGCCAGCAGAGAUUGGGCAUAUGGCUGCCAACAAUUUUGCGUUGAAAUGAUCUCUGCAAGCGAACGACAUAGGAAUCUAGUUGCUGCAUAUGAGGUUUAUAUGAUAACUUCUGCAGCUGUUGUACAUUGUAGAAUGGUAUAAAGUCAAGUGAAUAGUUGAUAACAAGUGUCUGUAGAGUAGGACUAUAUUAAUCUGGCUGAUAGCUGUGAGGCGUCUGGUGUUCUUGUGUGAACAUAGGAGACGGUAUAAAGAUCGGUCUCCUUCGGUCCUUCCGAGGAGAAAUGGAUCUGGCUCAAAAACUUGCCAGUGAACAGCCCCCCUUGUUGUGUUCUGAAUUUAUGAGGAGCAACAAACAUAGGAGAACAUGGUGUAUAUUUUAUUUAUUUAUUUAUUGCGCAAGCUUUUGAAACGUUA